CGGAGUAGGGACCGGUAGCGGACCCGGAGGCAAAAGGGCCGGGGCCAGCAAUACCGUUCACGUAGCCGGCGUAAGGAGCGGCGGCGGCAGGAGCAGCAACACCGUUGGCAAAGCCAGUGAAAGGAGCAGCAACACCGUUGGCAUAGCUAGUGAAAGGAGCGGCGGCGGCUGCUGCAUUGUAGCCAGAGUAGCUACCGGGAAGGGCGGCAGCAGGGGUGAAGCGGUCGCCCGCUUCGACGAUGGGCUCCUCCACAGUGUUCACCACCGGGGCGUUGAUAGUCUCGGAGUGGACGGGCCUAAUGUGCUGGUCAACAACAGGCUGAACGACGUCCUGGACAGGCUGGAUGAUGUCAACAGGCUGGACCUGUUUGGAGUUGUUGACGAUCGGGGCCUUGGUCUCAGUGACAGCGGGCUUGACCACAUCGCACUUGGUGGGGCAUCCACAGAAGUUUGCGGGGCAUCCGCAGUCACGGCGGGCGACGCCGUUGCAGCAAGCCUUAGUGCAGGGCUCGACACAAGUGUUGACGAUGGGAGCGUUUGUGGACUGGGAGUAUACAGGCUUGACGUGCUGGUCGACUACGGGCUGCACAACGUCCUGAACGGGUUGGAUAAUGUCGACGGGCUGGACAUCUUCGGAGGUGUUGAUGCGGGUGGGCUCAACGCGGGUGACCUUGGGCUCAAUCACAUUCGCUUUGGGUGCAUAGCCAGCCGGACCGACGACAGACGCGGAGUAUGGGCCGGUUACAGAGGCGGGCGCGAAAGGGCCGGGCGCAGCAAUACCGUUCACGUAGCCGGCGUAAGGAGCGGCGGCGGCAGGAGCAGCAACACCGUUGGCAAAGCCAGUGAAAGGAGCGGC